UGGCUUGUUGAUAGCUAUUAAUUAUCGACGUUUGUUGAGCUUUGCUGUAUAUGUGUCCAUAGCUGAGAGCGGCAUUUUGCAGUUUUGUAUUGACUGAUAAGAUUAUCGUUUUGCUCCAGUUGUUUCGUCGUGCGCCCUGUCUAGUUAAGUAGUCAAAACACUGUUUAUUAAGUCUGUUAUCGUCCAUCCUGUUUAAGCGAAACCAUUGUCCUAACACUGAUUUCCAUUGUCGAAUGUGCGGUGGGGUCCAUCCCAUGUCUCCUGUGUGUGACUGCUGCGUUUGGUGUUUAUCUCCCUACACCUAGGAAGAAGCGACAGUCUUUGUGAUGGACGGCAUUUAUACAUGUGAAUUCCUGUAUUCCCCAGAUUGCAGCUCCGUAGCUUAUUGUUGGCCACACCAUUGUGUCGUAUAGCUUAGUAAAGACUUCAUAAACUAUUCCACCUAGUGCUUUGUACUUCGAGAUCAGUAAUCUUAGCGCUCUAGAUGCAGACUGUGCUACAUGUUUUGCGGUUAUAGAAUAAUCCAAUGUAUCUGUUAAAACGAUAUCGACUGACUCGUUCUAUAAUUGCUUGGUUACACUUGAACACAAACUCCGUCGGUGAUGUUUUAGCUGUUCUAAAAUACGACGGCGCCGUCACGCGCCACGAGUACACCGCGUACGUCUGCUUCCUGUCUCCCACGCUGUACCAGAUCUCUCACUACAUGUACGACGAGUACGACAUAGCACCAGCCGACCACCAUCUCAAGCAGGCGGACUACGGCGCUUUCUACCACAAACUGGACGCAGACCACGACGGAACAGUGCAAAGGUUCGAGUGGAUAUCUUGGUGGUCCCAGAAAUUUGCCUCUCUGGAAACCGCAAAUGCGCAUACGCACGGCCAGGCGGACAGUAUCCAUGGCAACCACCACUGUCACUGAGUCACCAUGGUUACCGACACAGCAAUAUGCACGCCGGAAGUACAUGGCUCGUUUUUCUGUAUUAUGAGAAUGGCAUUUAAAUAAAUGAAUGUUGCUCUA